GGUGGAGAGCGAGGCCCGUGUUGUUGUUGUGUGUGUGGUGUGCGCGUAAUGUAUAUGUUUUGUUCUGACUGAGCCCCGGGGUCCAGGCGCCGAGUGACCGCGGUGGCUCGAUCGCCCCCGUAUACAAGGGCGCGCGCGCGUGGCCCACUCCACUUGGAACGGUCAGUCCGUGGUGUCUGCACCACCUGUUGCUUUUGUCGUCGUCGCGUCUCCAGAUCUGCCCCGUCGUUUUCCUUGCGUGGAUCGCAGUCACCGUCCUGUGGUCUUGGGAAGUCGAGAGGGCCGAAUUUGUGGAUCGUACUGGUUUACGCGUGAGUCUUGAAAUGCGUACUCCUGGUGGUACUUCGUGAAAAGUUGUGCUUCGACGGGCGCUGUUCGCUCCGCUUCGCAGGUAUCGUCGAAUAUAUCCUUCCCGUAUGCUGGGUCUAUUCGUUAAGGAUAUAUCAACGAGGCCUUGUGGAUAGCCAUCACCGCAGCAACUCCUCGGUUGCCGCACACGCGGCUCGGCGCUCUCCUGCUCGGAGCCUCCACGCUCCAGUUUCCGAUCCCCGCUGAGACCCACAGAGCCUGUCGGCGCCGGGGCGUUGGCGCGCGCCGGUGCAGACCAUACGGGAACUUCGUCGGCACCGCCUCAGCCGCUGCUUCUUGAAGCUUGUCCUGAGCACCUCGCUCUCCUGACAGUGCAGGCUACAGUAUACAGAACCGCGGUUACUGCUGGUUCAGCUCGUGUCCCUAUAGCUGCAGUUUUUUCUCGCUGAAUGUGCGUCUGAGAGGCGACUCUGCAGUCGAUAAAAGUUCCCUCUUUCAUCGGCACUAGGAGCUUCACCGCUGGUUGUUUACUUCAACUUGGGAGUCUAUCUUUCUUUGUGUGAAGUACAGACAUCUGGUCCAGUCGUGCGUCGAUGGUUGUUCGUCUCGGUCCCCAGUUUUGUGCAGUCCGAGGCACACUCGCCCUGUUUCUGUCUCAGAUUCGUCGAUAAGCCACUUGUUGGUUGGCGCUGUUUCUAUUACCUCCCGGUUACCUUCCCAAUUUGUCUGUCUUUCAACACAACGGUAUUUACUUUUAGCUGGUAUAGAAAUCGCGCGUCGCCCGUAAGUCGAACCCGGCAAAAUUACGCCACACCGGCAAGUGAAUGUCCCUGUGUAUGUACCUAUACAUAUUAGCAUUCUAAUCGGAGUUCCAUUCGGCCAAUUCUACUUGUAGUAGUCAAACUCGCAGAGACGUGCUACUCUUCUUCGACUACAGCACCUGUAACUUCUUUACGUCGCUUGAAGACUAUCGCCUUCGUUGAGCCUUUCGACUAGUCUAAGCUUUUACUACGCUGACCAGCGUUUGACUAACAUUUUCUAAGCCUAUCGCAAGGCUUGCCGCCUAGCUUUGAAGCUCUAUGAUGACGUUCACCGACUUGUUUCGCAAAGGCGCACCGAAGACGAAGAAGCUGGGUGAGCGUGGUGCUGGCCUAAAGAACCGCAGCGGACGCAUCCAGGACUUUGACCAGCUGCGCAAGGAAUGCCUCGCCAAUGGGGUGCUCUUCGAGGACCCAGAGUUCCCAUGCAAGGGCAGCUCUGUUUGGGGCAACAAGGACCCUAAGUUCCCCAUCACCUGGCUUCGGCCGCCGGAAAUGUGCAAUAAUCCAAAGCUGUUUGUGGAUGGAGCAUCAAGAUUUGAUGUUGUUCAAGGAAGUGUUGGGAAUUGCUGGAUGGUGGCGUCUGCUGCCAACCUGACGCUGAGCGAUGAGCUGUUCUCCCGUGUGGUCCCUGAAGACCAGUCAUUUGACCAAGACUAUGCAGGCAUCUUCCACUUCCGAAUUUGGAAAGCCAAUCGGUGGAUCGACGUGGUGAUAGACGACCGGCUACCAACACUUGACGGCAGCCUCAUCUUCAUGAAAUCACGCUCGGGCAAUGAAUUCUGGAGUGCCCUGCUUGAGAAGGCUUAUGCCAAACUCCACGGCAGCUAUGAGGCACUCAGUGGGGGCUCGGCCUGUGAGGCUAUGGAGGAUUUCACGGGCGGCCUCACUGAAUCUAUCGACCUCAAGAACCCACCUAAACAACUGUUUGUGCUCAUGCUGAAAGCAUAUGAGCGCUCUUCACUGAUGAGCUGUUCGAUCCCGGUGGGCGCAAUCCCGGAAGAGAAGCUGGCCAGCGGGCUUGUUGCUGGCCAUGCCUACAGCAUCACUGCUGUGCGGCUGGUGUACAUUGAACGGCUGAAGGGUCGGAUGCCCCUGAUACGGCUGAGGAAUCCCUGGGGAGAUGACACCGAGUGGAGAGGGGCCUGGAGUGACCAGUCGCGUGAAUGGUCCCUUGUGUCACCCGAGGAGAGAGAAGCCAUUGGCCUGACAUUUGACGCCGAUGGUGAAUUUUGGAUGUCAGAAAGGGACUUUGUGCGAGAGUUCCAAUUUCUAGAAAUCUGCAACUUGGGCCCCGACUCGCUGGACAGUGAAGUACUUUCAGACGCAUCAAAAAAGAAGUGGGAGGUGUCCAUCUUUGAAGGAUCCUGGGUUCGAGGUGCCACUGCUGGAGGUUGCAGAAACUACCUUGAUACCUUCUGGGUGAACCCGCAGUAUUUCAUCUCACUGGAGGACCCAGACGAUGACGAUGAGGAGCAGAACUGCACCGUGAUAGUGGCACUCAUGCAGAAGAAUAGGCGGGCAGCCAGGACUCUAGGGGCAGGACUGUUCCUUACCAUUGGCUUUGCCCUCUACAAGGUUGACGACCCCGACAACUGUCCGACGCCGUUGGACAUGACAUUCUUCAAGUACAACCCUUCGGCGGCACGGUCACACACGUUCAUCAACUCAAGGGAGGUGACGACACGCUUCCACCUGCCUCCUGGCACCUACUGCGUGGUGCCCUCCACUUUCGAGCCCAACCAGACGGGAGAAUUCCUCCUGCGGAUAUUCACUGAAAAAAGGAACAUUUCCCAUGAACAUGAUGUACCUCCUGCCAUUGUUCCUCCUGCCGAUAAUCUUCGAUUUGGCUUCGUAUUGCAGUCCCCCACAGUUCGUGCGAAAGAAGAGGACCCCAGUUCUGAUCGUGCUCAGCAAUUGCGAGCGCUGUUUGCCAAGAUUGCUGGUGAUGACAUGGAAGUGAACAGCUAUGAACUCCAGAAGAUUCUCAAUAUGGUCUUCCGCAAAGCAGUGCGCCGCACGGUGUCAAAGCCACCACCGCCUGAGCAAGAUUGCGAUUGGCGCCAGUUGCUUAAGUGUCUUGACUGCUUUAGCUCACAAUCUCCCCAGGAAAAUGGUGACGAUGACGAAAUUCGGUCUGAGCAGUUUUCUCUGGAUGUGUGCCGAAGCAUGGUGGCACUCAUGGACGACGACCAUUCAGGAAAACUUGGACUGGAUGAGUUCAGAGCUCUCUGGAUCCUAGUUAGGACCUGGAAGAAUGUCUUCACUGCAUUUGACAAAGAUGGAUCAGGCUUUUUGAACACGUUCGAGCUGAGGGCUGCCUUGAAUUCCGCCGGAUACCAAGUGAACCAGCAUAUUCUCAAAGCUCUGGUCCUACGGUACGGCAAUGACGAUGGAAACAUUGCUUUCGAGGACUUCAUUGGUUGUGCUGUUAAGCUGAGGACCAUGAUAGAGGUGUUCAAGGAGAAAGACACAAGGAGUAUUGGAAGUGCAGUGUUUACAAUUGAUGAGUGGCUGGAGAACACGAUGUAUGCAUAGGAUACCGGAUGCAACUGACACGUGACGAUCUUUGAUAUGUCUCCUUGGGGAAUCCCAGCCAACAAACUGCCAACUCCCGUCACUUCCAACAUCUCUUUUGGGUCUUUGCCUUAAUACAAGUGGACUCCUCUUGUAAUGCAAGGCUUUAAAAACUCGUGCUCCCUGUCAUGCAUAGCUUCUGCAAAGUGUCGGUGCUGCUAGCAUUGUGUACCAAAAAUGACGUCAUACAGCAGCUUAGUUUCGGGGGUCGACUUUUGUAGCUUGACGUAAAUGCUAUUAAGUGCUGCUUUGGAUGCUCACAACUAGUCAUCUUGCUAAGACAACCAUUAGAAGCUGAAAGCCUUGCAUUUUUACCGUAUGCGCUGUGAUUGUCUUUAUCCAUGUUGAGCAUGUCAAUAAUGUCGUUUGCUCUCCCUAAUCGAGAUCCAUCUGGGGCAAUGUUCUUCGUUUCUUCGGGAUGUCUGACACUGAACUGUGCUUUCAGCAUUAUGCAGUUUAACUUUGUUAUAAUGAAGUCUAUCAACAAAAUUCACAAUUUAGUGAAUGUUGCUUUCAUUUGCCCAGCUUAGCCCCAUUGGAGGUGUGUGUUUUAUGCCCCAAUAUUUCUUUUGGGAUUUUAUUCAUAUACUUUUACUUACGAAGUAUUGGCCAUCAGAAGAGUUCGAGGAAGCAGUGAAAUAGCCUAAUAUAUAUAUUGAAAUGCAGAAGCCCCGCUACAUACUGUAUAACAAAUUUCAUUACUUUUGAAGCUUUUGGUUGGAUGUAUGACUUCAUUAUAUUGAGUUUUGACUGCACUUUGCAUAAGUGAUGUAACUUUAUUAUUAUUUUCUAAUAUGCAACAUUGGCUGAGUUUGCUGUCUUUAUUUUUUUGGCAACAGAAAGGCCGGAACAGCAGCACAUUUUUCAAAGCACUUCUGAGAAGUGCCCCAUUCACUCUAGGGAAGGGGAACUCUUAUUUUCCCUUCAUGUCUUGUUACGUUAUAUCCUUGUAAGUGUGUAUGGAUCUUGGUGGAUGUGUUUAAGUAUCUUGACGCAUUAAAUGUAUAAAAUACAGAUGCAUCUGAAGUAGAGACAUCUUUUAUGUAUAUGAUGCUCUUUCUUUUCCCUCUUAUUCGUCUUUAAAUGGACUAUCAACAUAAAGUUAUCUGUCAACCUUGUUGGUUGUAAUCAAAAUGCUGUGGAGCCAUAUCACUGGCCGAGGCAGUGAUAUGGACAGCACUCUAUGUUGUCUUUAAAACAAUUGUUUAGGAUUACGUAUUGAACAUCAAUAAAAUUACGUAUUGAACACAAUUGAGAGAUUAGAUUUUCUUGUCGAUCUAAGUAAAUCAGGUGCACUGUAUUUCUAUGUCCCUUUUUGAAGGCGGUACUCCUUUUUCUUAUAUUAACCUGCCUGUCCCUUGUUUUGUUAUGUAUCGUUAUGCCUGUUGAGGCAGCCAUUGCAAGUUGCAAUCUUCCAGACAUUUGUUUUUGUGACUGUUGUGCACUUUUUGUUCUAACAAUAUUCAGAAGCGCUUUAUUGUUGAUCAAAAUAAUAAAGAACCCGAACACAC